CGAGAUAAAAACAAAAAAAUGCGAAAAUGACAGGGCGGUGGUGGUGGUGAGAGUUGAGGAACUGGUUUAUUCAAUUACUGUCCAGAUGAUAAAUCUUGUAUUCCAAACUACCUAUCGAGGUACUGUUGAAAGCACUGUUUCAAAAUGGAAGAUGAUGCAACUGUACUAGAGGGGUUUCUCUGCCCUAUGUGCAAAAGGAACUUGAAUUCGGUUUACCAGCUACAAGCUCAUUUUGAAGAGGCACAUGGUGCUGAGGAGAAACUUGGGGGCCAACUCAGAGGGUUUUUAGGAAAAGCUAAAAGGAAGAUUUUAGGGAAGAAAGAAGAUUUUGACUAUGAUGAUGGGUACUCGUCACCCUUUCCUGCCUCUCACUCAUCUGCGUCAGGUAGUCUGGAUAAAACAGGAGAAGAGGGAACAGAUCCAUUCACAUGGGCUGCAGAAUUUGGUGCCACUCGCAGCCACAUCCAACUUUUCAAAUCAAUUAGAGGCUCGAGGAUUAAUCACAUUGUUGUUGAGACAAAUAAGUUGCUAUUCCGCUUGGAAAAGCUAGUGCAAUUUUACGAUACAGAACCGGAAAAGUCGAAAAGGAAAGCCUAUGAGAAGUCUGUUGUACCCUGGGCACCGGACUCGGACGUGAAAUUCUGUCCAAGCUGUGGGAUAAGGUUCAACCUAGCUAACAGACGCCACCAUUGCCGACUCUGUGGCAGCAUUAUUUGCAAAGAUUGCUCUGGGUUUCUUGAAGAUGACCUUUGUGCGAAAGUUGUAAAAUUCAAGAGAUCUCCGUCACGGAGGCUCCCUGGCAGUAAGAAGGAUGAGGAGGAGUCCGGCUUGCGUGUCUGUCAGAACUGUGAAAAGAUGAUCUUAAGAACGCAUCAGCAAAACCAGCAGGAUGUUUCCAGAACAGACAUCGUUCAGCUUUAUGAGAAACUUUCAAAUGUGAAACAGAAGAUAUUAGCAGAGACACCAAGAUACAAUGCCAUUGCUGAGUCUUUAAAUUCUGGUGAGAUGGAUCAUGAUCUUAAUUAUGCUAAUGAAGUCAGAGGUCAAGUUCUCAAACUUUUUGACGUAAUGGAUUUAAUAAGUUGUGCAUGGACCAAAGGAACAGAAGUCACAAAAAUGAAGGCACAAGAGAGUGAACACUCUGGUAGUGGUACAGGUGGUAGUGGUGAAGCUAAAGGGUGGAAACCACAGGUUGUAAAUCAAGCCAAACUUGAUGCUCAAGAUGACCCUUUAGAACAACAGAUCACAAUUAUCAAGAAUUUCCUGGAGCAAGCCAGAAGGGCUGGUAAAAUGGAUGAGGUGAAGAUGCUCGAAGACAACCUAAGAGAUUUACAAAAAGAGAAAUAUUUCCAAAAGUUAAAAUAAUUGUAUUUUUUUUUUUUUUUUUUUUUAAUUGUUUAUAGAUAUGAAAUAUAUUUAAGGCAGUGGCUAUUGUUACAACAGUUACAAAUUUAUUCCUGUGAUUGGAUUUAUUUCAUCCUAAUCCAAUCAAUACAUACCAACCAAUCAGAAUUAGGAAUUGGAUUAAGAAGGGGUUCUCAACUGGCAACCUGGGGGGCCAUCUCCGGCCUGCUAGUGCAUGUUAUGUAGCCUGUGAGAAAAAUCCGAAAAUAAUAUUUUCUGUUGGGCUUAGGCCUUUAUUUCUAACCUUAAUAAUU